AUGCCGCGAUCGUUCUUGGUGAAGAAGUCGAAACUAGACGAUGAUCGGUCCUACCACAAAUACAGAAUGCGGGACACCUACUCCCACCCGGUGGAUACCCUGAAAGCUGUGGCGCCCUUCACCCCUCUUUCGCCGCUGGCUGUCACGGUUAAUAACGGAUAUAUUCACGAUGUCCUGACACCCCAGUCGAUUCAGGAUGGAACCGAGUUCGAGAAAAUGCCAGAAGGGGCGUCCAUGUCGACAACAUCGGAAGCCGUCGUCACCAACAACGUCAAAGAAAACAAAGCCUUAGAACCGGACGUGACGUCAAACUCGGGCUCGAGCCUCGUAGACUACAGCCCUUCGUCUCCGGCGUAUUCGUACAGCUCCGACGUCGGCGUUACCAUUGGAUACACGUACGAUGCCUUCUUCGUAAGCGACGGCCGGUCCCGGAAGCGGAACGCCGAAGGAAUUCCGGAGAAGAACGUCGCCAAACUUCGGUACACGUGCAACGAGUGUGGGAAGGACUACGCGACCUCGUCCAACCUCUCGCGUCACAAGCAGACGCACAGGAGCCUCGACAGUCAGCAGGCGAAGCAGUGCCCACACUGCAACAAGGUGUACGUCAGCAUGCCGGCGCUAUCCAUGCACAUCCUGACCCACGAACUCAAACACACGUGCAAAGAGUGCGGAAAGUCCUUCAGCCGACCUUGGCUCCUGCAAGGUCACCUUCGAUCUCACAGCGGUGAGAAGCCGUAUGGUUGCGCCCACUGCGGCAAGGCAUUCGCGGACAGGUCCAAUCUGAGGGCGCACAUGCAGACUCACUCCGCCUUCAAACAUUACACGUGCAAAAGGUGUGACAAGUCCUUCGCGUUGAAGUCGUAUUUGAACAAACAUUACGAAUCGGCGUGUUUUAAAGAUGAAUGA